AUGUCAUCCUCAUCCGAUCAUAACAUUGAAGCCAUCUAUGAGUCUGUUAAAGAACACUAUUCCAAGCAACAAACCAACGAAGCCAACAUUUCAAACUCGUGUUUCCUUGCCAAGAAGCCUCACACCAUGAUUCAAAAAUUGUUACCUCUGAUCCCUGAAAAGGUGAAUGAAACUUUCUUUGGCUGUGGAUGUCCUAUCCCUCUUGGUAUUAAGGGACUUACUGUGCUGGAUCUCGGCAGUGGAUCAGGUCGUGAUGUCUUUCUUGCUUCUGCACUCGUUGGAGAAAAGGGUAAAGUCAUUGGUGUUGACAUGACUCUGAAACAAAUUGAAUUGGCCAAGUCCACUACUAUGGAAUUUGUAGAAAAUGCUAAGAAGGCAAAUUUGAAAGUGGGAACGAUUGAAUUCCACGAAGGUCUUAUUGAAGAAUUGGACUCCAUUCUUCCCAGUGAGAGCGUUGAUUUAGUGGCUUCCAAUUGUGUCAUCAAUCUAUCUCCUCAGAAGGAAAAAUGUUUGGAACAAGUGUACAAAGUUCUCAAAUUCGGUGGAGAAUUUGUUUUUUCUGACAUUUAUAGUGACAGAAAGCUUCAUCCUUUGGCUCGUCAGCAACUCACAAAAUUGGGAUCCUGCAUUGGAACUGUCUUUUACACUAAUGAUUUUUUGUCAGUGUGUAGAAAGCUUGGAUUUCAUGUAAGAGAAGUUAGCCGUGUUGAACUUGCAGCAUCUUCGCAAGAUUUGCAGCAAAUGAUCGUUGGCCAAGCCAAGUUUUAUAGCAUUACCUAUCGUCUCUUCAAGCUAAAGAAAUUAGAAAUGACCGAAGAAAACUAUGGCCAUGUCGUGACCUACAAGGGCACUUUGGAGGGUUAUCCUACCAUUUACAAAUUUGAUGCAGAGCUUGAAUUUGAAAGGAACUUACCCGUGAAUGUCAGUGGAAACGUUGCUUCUGCUUUGGAGGAAAGUGAAUAUCUUCGUAGACACUUCUCAAUUCUCCCCAAUGAUCGUGAAUUCCAUUUUGGAGAGUUCAUUAGCAACCACAAGAGUCAAGACGCACGCCCAAUUGAAAAAGUGAUUUUUCAAGUUCCAACUAGCUGCUCAAAGUAG